GGAAAGAGGGAAAAAGCGCAGGCGUGUGCAGAUCAGUCCGCGGUAGGUGGUGCUAAACUCAUUCACAUUUGGCUGUUACCUCCGCGGGGGGACGGGAUGAUUUUAAUCAAGCCGGACGACGCGGUUCACCGUCAGCCUCCGCGAGUCCUCUCUCAGCUCGGGGAGGUUUCGGGGGGCGAGCGAGAGAAAGCCUCUCAGACAGACAGACAGAGCCUCGCGCUGCCGGGGGAAGAUGUAGCUUAGCUUAAACAGGCGACUGGAAACAAGCAACACCAACAAACAGCAUGAGGAGGCUGUGGCGGAGGCUGAGUCUAGCUGUGGCCGCGCUCUUCUGGCUGGCGGCGCUGCUGUAUUUCAUCCUCCUCAACAGCCGCAAAUUCACACCUGAGCAGAGACCCGAGCGGCACAGGGACACGGAGAUUUCAGACACUGAUUGGGAUGAUCUAUUGGAAGAGUUUGAAGAGAAGAACUACCUCACCGCUCACAGAUGGAAGCCAGGACAAGAUCCGUACAGCCUGUAUGCCUUCAAUCAGAGAGAGAGUGAGCGGAUCCCCAGCAACAGAGCACUGAGAGACACUAGACACUACAGGUGUACGACUCUGCACUAUGACACUGAGCUGCCAUCCACCAGCAUCGUCAUAACGUUUCACAACGAGGCACGCUCCACUCUGCUGCGCACAGUGAGGAGUGUUCUCAAUCGGACACCUGUGCAUCUGAUUCAUGAGAUCAUCCUAGUUGAUGACUUUAGUGAAGAUCCAAAUGACUGCCUUCUUCUCACCAAGUUGCCCAAAGUUAAGUGUCUUCGCAAUACCCAAAGAGAAGGGCUGAUCAGGUCCAGGGUCCGCGGGGCAGAUACGGCAAAAGCGGGAGUCCUGACCUUUCUGGAUAGCCACUGUGAGGUCAACAAGGACUGGCUACCUCCGCUGCUUCAGAGGAUUAAAGAGGACCCAACCUGUGUUGCGAGCCCCGUGAUUGACAUUAUCAACAUGGACACGUUCUCCUACCUUGCUGCUUCUUCAGAUCUUCGUGGAGGCUUUGACUGGAGUCUGCACUUCAAGUGGGAGCAGCUGUCUGCAGAGAAGAGAGCCAAGAGAGCCGACCCCACAGAACCCAUUAAAACACCCAUCAUUGCUGGAGGACUCUUUGUGAUUGACAGGUCUUGGUUCAACCAUCUUGGGAAAUAUGACACAGCAAUGGACAUCUGGGGGGGAGAGAACUUUGAGAUCUCGUUCAGAGUGUGGAUGUGUGGGGGAAGUCUGGAGAUCAUACCUUGCAGCAGAGUCGGCCAUGUCUUCCGCAAGAAACACCCCUACAUCUUCCCAGAGGGAAAUGCCAACACUUACAUCAAGAACACCAGACGCACUGCUGAAGUGUGGAUGGAUGAGUUCAAACUCUUCUACUAUUCUGCACGACCGGCAGCCAGGGGCAAGUCCUAUGGAGACAUUCGUGGCAGGCAAGACCUGCGGAAGAGUCUCAAGUGCAGAUCCUUCAAGUGGUAUCUGGACAACGUCUAUCCAGAGCUCAAAGUUCCGGAUGAUUCGGAUGGGAGGUCCGGAGUGAUUCGGCAGAGGCAGAACUGUCUGGAAGCUCGUCAGGUGGAGGGGCAAGACCUGCCGGUGCUUGCAUUGACCCCCUGCACUGGCACUAAGGACGUUCCAGCUCUAAAUCAGGAGUGGGUCUACACACACGGGCAGCAGAUUCUGCAGCAGCAGAAGCAGCUCUGCCUGUCUGUCUCCACCACCUUCCCAGCUUCUCAGAUCCUGCUCAUGCCCUGCAACAUCAGCGAUGGCAAACAGCGCUGGCAGAAAUCCGGCACCCACCUGGAGCAUCAGGCUUCACACUUCUGCCUAGACAGUGAAAUGGCCCUGGACGGCCUGGAGAGCAGCAGGAUGCUGGUGAUCAGUCCGUGUGAGCCGUCAGCUCACACACAGAGAUGGGAGAUGCCUUUCUCAUGAUCCUACUGCAAUCAAGCCUUUCCUACCCAGAGAGACCCAGAGUGGGAGAGAGGGAGAAGCUGCAGUGUGCACUUCCAGGAGACCCACAGACAUCCUGCUGACUUCCUCCAUUCACUCGCUGAUAACUGUAGCUCAUAUGAGGAUCCCUGGAGUGCCCACAAUGCAGAAGAGCAGCAGGACACAUGCAAGCUUGCCAGGCAGAAAUGCACAAACCUGAGUGAGACCCUUAAAGUAACACUGGAGAACUACGCACAAAUAUUUUUUUAACCUUUAAAUCAUCCCAAAGCUAAGCACUUGUGUACUGAAUCUGCUUGCACAUCAGUAUUCAAUAAAUGGCCUAUUUUUCUUAGAGA